GGGAAAAUUUAUUCUGUGCCCUCUAAAUUAUUCAAAAUAAAAUAUAAGCAGCUAUGAUUAGAAAAGAGUGACCUUGACAAUGGGAGACCUCCGCUUGUGUAAAAGGCAGGCAUUUAGGUAUGACUAAAACAAUAAAAACUCUCGCUUUAUCCUUAAACUUUAGUUCUGGAGAAAACCUAUUCUGAAAGAUUUGCUCUUUGAAAUGAGAUUGAAUAUAUAGAAAAUAAAGAAAGCAGAGAAAAGAAAUACUAGUAGAAUGGGAAAUCAAAAUGCAUGGUGGAAGCAAAGAAUGAAGAGGAAGGAAUAGAUGAAGCUGUGUUUCUUCUACUGCAAAAAUGCCAUCCCAUUCUUAUAAGUUUUCCUCUUGUUAAUAAUUCAUUCACCUUUCUUUCCCGUUAUUCAAGUUGUUUCUUGGUAUCAUUCGUUCCCUCGUAGUCGAUUCUUUUUCACAAAUUUAAAACUUUUCGUUUGAGUAUUCAUUUUUUUUCUACAUCCUUUCUUCCAAUAAUUCGUGGAAUAUCUUUAUUUUUGGUUUAGCUUCCCAGUUAAUUAUGUUCUUUGCAAUGCUUUAACCUCUUCAAUUCAAAAUAAUUAAUAUCAUUUCUAAGAAUCUGUGUUAAUUAUGUUUUUUAUCUAUAGGUGAGCUGUGUUGGGAAUUGGAACUUAUUUUCACAAAGUCUUCAUCUAAAUAUGUAUGUUCUUACAUUCCAAAAAGUUAAAAACAUGAGUGUACACCAAUAAGGAAGAUGGAAGAAUGUAGGAUUUGCCAUGACGGUGAUGAAGAUUCAAACAUGGAGAUUCCCUGUUCUUGCCGUGGAACCCUCAAGUAUGCCCAUCGCAAAUGUGUACAGAGGUGGUGCAAUGAGAAGGGGGACACUGUCUGUGAAAUUUGCCGCCAGAAUUUUAAGCCAGAUUAUACAGCACCAGCUCCUCUGUUUGGCGGAUUUCCAAUGAACAUGAGAGGAAACUGGGAGAUUUCCAUGAAUAGCCUUGAUUAUCCUCAGUUUGUUGCAUUGGCUUCUGCGGACCACAAUUUUCUUGAUUACGACUAUGAUGAGUAUUCAGUAUUUUAUCCAAGAAGUUUGAUAUGCUGCCGCAUUGUUGCCAUAACUUUUGUGCUUCUUCUGAUGUUACGUACAAUCCUGCCACUUAUCCUUAGUGUUGCUGGAGAUAAUUCGAUAACAUUGAUCAUGUUAUCAGUGUUGAAAACUAUCGGAAUCCUACUGGCGGUGUAUGUAUUGGCGAAAACUUUUCUUGCUAUACGACAUCGGAGGCAUCAGGAUCUUCAUCACUCUCAGAUUUUCCCAUCAGAUGAGGAAACUGAGUUGCCAUUACAACAGCGUCCGCGUUCUCAGAUUGCUCCAUUAGAUGAUGAGAAUGAACUACCAGUACAGCCACAUUUUAUACAUGUCCAAUGAAUCCUUAAUUAGCUUAAACGACUAAAAUCUCAACACCAGUGGGAAGUUUGGCACUGCAACUGGUGAUCCUCUAUUAAUGUUCAUCAGCUCGCUGCUCCAUGACGGAGUAUUCUUCUGUUGAGAUUUGAGCAUAAAAUGGUUCAGCAAAUUGAUUGUCGCCAGACGAAUUAACACAGCUGCAAAAGGAACUCAAAUGAUCAGGCGUAACAGUAUCUGCUUUUAAGGCAUUUCUAGCUCGCUUUUACUCCAUCUUACAUUAGAUUUAACUUUUAAGAAUUGUAGCAGAAGAGCAAAAUGAUAUUCAGCUGUCCGUCAAAUUUACCAUCGAUCCUAAUACAGGGUUAAUAAUUCCCCCUUUCCCACAUUAUACGAAGAAAGUCAAGCUAUGCAAUUGCUAAUGCCAUGCAUGAAAUCCUUACUUUCCUGCAGUAAGACUCACUUUCAUGUG